ACCACAAUUUUUUCUACUAAAUUUUGCACUAUAAAUUCGCGAUCUUAAAAUAUUAAGUUACAAUAAUUUUAUGUUACGUCUCUGAUCAGUUGCAUCAUUGCAAAAUGCUGAAAUUGACUUUGAUUGUUGUACUGACUGUAAUAGCAGUCAGCACUGCUGUACCAUAUGAGCGGGAACUUACUGUGAACGCGCACGCUAUCCCGGAGUACGCACUUAAGCGGGUACCGACUUCAGAAGAUAAAAAUGUACCCAAGGACACGUCUGAUUUGAAAACUGACUCUAGUCUAUGGUAUAGCCCCGGGUACCUGUAUCCUUAUACAUACACGAGAGUUUACAAUCCAGGUUACCAGUAUUACAAUACCGAUGCUUACUACUCGCCCUACUACACCUUGUACCGCUAAAGUCGCGAAAUCCAGAUCCUGGCCUUUUAUAACUUUGUGACUUACGUUUGACGAAUAAAAUAAUGCAAUAACUAUG